ACGUUACGCACACAUUUUCUCUGUGUGAUGUGAAAUCAUUUUGUGGGAGAACAAAGCUAUCUGCUUCCUGCAUGACUAGAAAUAGUGUAGGAAUUUCCGUGGAGACUGAAAUGUUUGUCUGCGACGACCAUCUCGCUAUACUGCCCUACACUCUGGUGUGUGACUUCAGGCCUGACUGCUUGGACGGGUCUGACGAAAAUUUUUGUCAACACGAUAGUAAGUGCCAAGAGUUCACUUGUCGUAACGGACAGUGCAUUCCAAAUACAUAUUCCUGUGACUUGUAUAAAGAUUGUUGGGAUGGUUCCGACGAAGAUUGUUUGUCUGAUUUCCUUUACGAAUAUCCACCAAAGAAAAGAUUGUUUGCUCCAGCUGUGGUUUAUUUUGACGGACAAGGUGAGUUUUAUCAAAUACCUUUAUCGUCUUCUGAGUCAUGUCCACAAACACACUUCCGAUGUGCAGGUGAGUCUGCUUACUGUCUGCCCGUGUACGUGCGCUGUAACGGUGUGUACGACUGUCCGUCCCACGAGGACGAGGAGGACUGUCAGCGAUACACGUGUCCGGGCUUCUAUCGCUGUCGUGGAUCCAGUGUUUGUGUCCAUCCCGACAACGUGUGCGACGGCUGGCCACAGUGUCCGCAGCACGACGACGAGACGUUCUGUGGACUGCGCUGUCCUGAUGUCUGUUUUUGCCAAGGCCUAGCCUUUGUUUGCGAAAGAUCUUUCAUAGCAAAAGAUUACCAUGAAAUGCGUUACUUAGAUGCAACAGGCUCAACCAUGACUCUUUAUGAUGUGAUUUCUAAUUCUUAUCUUGUUUGGUUAUCGCUAGCCUCGUGUAGUUUAACGAAUGUUGAUUACAGUGAGCUUCCAAAUCUUCAGGUUCUGGAUCUUAGUGACAAUAAAAUAUUAGCUGUUGAUUUAAGUACUUUUCAUUUAUUAACAAAUCUGAAACGUUUGCGCCUAGCUGGAAACCCUAUCGUCUCGUUAAUAAACAGUGGUUUCACUCCAAAUCAUGCUAAUCUGCAGAGCCUGGAUGUGUCGCGAUGCUUGCUGACUACAUUUGACAAAGAUGAGAUUUCGUCCUGCGACGACCUUUUGCGUUCUGACAUAUACCGAACAUUUUUAUGGUUGUUUUGUGCUUUGUCGAUAUCAGGAAAUGUUGGCAGUUUUUUAUUCCGGCAGUUUUUUCACAGGCGUCAUCUUUCCUCUGGAUUUGGGGUAUUUGUUACUAACCUAAGUGUAUCGGACUUCCUGAUGGGAGUUUAUCUGGCAAUUGUUGGGGGUGCGGAUGAAACUUACCGCUCCACUUACUUGUGGAACGAUGUCCAGUGGAAAGUCAGCACGACGUGCAAAGUGGCCGGCUUUGUGUCUCUCAUGUCCAGCGAGGUGUCGGCCUUGAUUAUCUGUCUCAUAACCAUCGACCGUUUUGUCGUUCUCCGCUUUCCGUUUAGUAAAUUCCACUUUGAGAGCUGGUCAGCCUCAUUGGCUUGUGGACUUGCUUGGGCUGUAGGGUUCACACUGGCCGCUGUUCCCUUUUACCAUUCCUCUCCGAGUGGGAGUUUUAUAGUCAAAAUGGUAUUUGUAUUCCGCUGCCAACAACAAGAAAGAUUUUUGGAGGUCGCAAUUAUGCUUUUGGAGUUAUGA